AUGACCGCGGGAAACAUUGGUACCUGGCAAAAGAAGGUCGGCGACACCAUCGCGCCGGGAGAUGUGUUGGUGGAGAUCGAGACGGAUAAGGCCCAGAUGGACUUUGAGUUCCAGGAGGAGGGUGUCAUCGCCAAGAUUCUCAAGGACUCUGGUGAGAAGGAUGUCGCAGUUGGCACCCCGAUCGCAGUCAUGGUUGAGGAGGGCGAGGAUGUCUCUGCUUUCGAAUCAUUCUCGAUUGAGGAUGCUGGAGGCGACAAGAAGGCCGCUGCGCCGUCGAAGGAAGGCGAGGCUGCUGAAGCCAGCGAGCCACCGAAGUCGGGAUCCGGCACUGCUCCGCCCGCAAAGGAGGAGGCUGCUCCCCAGGCCAUCGAAUCUGACUCCUCCGGCAAGCGUCUCGAGCUCUCCCUCGACCGUCACCAGAAGAAGAAGGACGAACCCGUCCAGCCCGCUGCUGGAGCUCCCGCGACUGCACCAGCAGCCGUUACAUACGAGGACAUCCCUGCGACCAGCAUGCGCAAGGUUAUCGCCGCUCGUCUUACCCAGAGCAUGCAGCAGAACCCUCACUACUUCGUGGCCUCCAACAUCUCCGUCUCCAAGCUGCUCAAGCUCCGUGAAGCGCUCAACGCCUCCUCGAAGGGCGAGUACAAGCUCUCAGUCAACGACUUCCUCGUCAAGGCUGUCGCCGUCGCCGCACGCAAGGUCCCCGCCGCCAACUCAUCAUGGCGCGAGGAGGGUGGAAACGUUGUCAUCCGCCAACACAACGUUGUCGAUGUUUCCGUCGCCGUUGCCACUCCUGUCGGUCUGAUGACCCCCAUCGUCAAGAACGUGAACGGUCUCGGUCUCCAGACUGUUUCUUCUUCGAUCAAGGACCUUGGUAAGCGCGCGCGUGACGGUAAGCUGAAGCCCGAGGAAUACCAGGGCGGAACCAUCACCAUCUCUAACAUGGGCAUGAACGCUGCCGUCGAGCGCUUCACUGCUGUUAUCAACCCCCCUCAAGCCACCAUCGUCGCAAUCGGCACAACGCAGAAGGUCGCAGUACCCGGCGAGCUUUCAGAAGACGGCACACCGAGCGUUGAGUGGGAUGAUCAGAUCGUCAUCACCGGCAGCUUCGACCACAAGGUCGUCGACGGUGCAGUCGGUGGUGAGUUCAUGAAGGAGCUGAAGAAGGCGAUCGAGAACCCGUUGGAACUCAUGCUAUAG